GGGACAUGCGCGUUGGAUGGAUGGAGGAGGGAGGCGCACAACUCUAGACCUACACCCGCACAGAGAGGCUCUGCUCUCGGGAUGCGCGUUAUCGCACAAAGACCCUCGACUGAAACAGAGAAAUAAAACGCCAUGCAUCCAAACCAACCAACCGCGGAUACCGACGCCGUAGCCUUAUUCCGGACAUUAAGAGCCGUAUCGCCGCGUAAUUAGCUGGAGGGAGGGGGAUUAAAAGGGAAAGGGGGUCGAUCAUGGGGAACGAAGCGAGCCUAGAAGGCGGCGAAGGGGCGCUAGCUGGAUUACCAGCGGGACUCGCAACUGAUGGGAAGGGUGGCUUCAUCCAGAUGCCCGCUGGGGUGGAGGCAGACCUCAGUAAUCUAUCUGAGGAGGAAAGAAAGCAGCUUGUGGCCGCUAUGGCCAAAGCGCAGUCCAGGCCACCAGAGACUCAAGCUGGUGGCACCAGAGUCCCAGCAGGUCUCAGUAAAAGUAGGACUGUAGAUGCAUUUGGAGAGGGGCCGCCUCCCAAGCCAAAGCCUGGACGGAGCCCCUCCUCCCUCAGCCUUCUUGAAUCACGUUUCCGGCAGGAGCCCAAAGACCCAGAACAACCACGAACUGGCAUGUUCUCGUCUGGCUUCUUGAGUGGGGCCAACCCCCUGAGUGCAGUCUCUUCUGCUGUCUCCUCUGCCAGCAUCCCAAAGUUUAGUUUGUUUGGUGAUGAUGAGGAAGAGGCGCCUGCAAAACAGGAAGCAAAGCCUCCUGGCCCACAGAGUGGAGUGGGGAAGGGUCCUCCGCAGCAAGGGGGUAAGCCACCUCAGCAAGGUCCACCUAAAGGACAGGGUCCUGAAGGUAAACCUGGAGGUCCUAGUCCCAAACAACAAGGACCCAAACCCAGUGGACCAGGACCUCAACAAGGAUCUAAACCUGGGGGACCAGCAGCCCAACAGCAGGGACCUAAACCUGGGGGACCAGGACCCCAACAGGUACCCAAACCUGUGGGAGCAGGAACCCAACAGCAGGGACCUAAACCUGGUGGACCAGGACAUCAACAGGGACCCAAACCUGGGGGACCAGGAGCCCAACAGCAGGGACCUAAACCUGGUGGACCAGGACCACGACAACAAGGACCCGAACCUGGAGGACCAGGCCCCCAGCAACAAGUGACUGGGAAGCCUGGUGCAGGGGUUGCAGCAAAACCCAGUGGACCUCAACAGCAGGGUAAACCUGGGCCGGGGGUUCAAGGGAAAGCAGUGUGUCCUCUUUGUAAUUCUACUGAGCUGAAUCUGCAGGCUAAAGACCAGCCACCCAACUACAACACCUGCACUCAGUGCAAACAACAGGUGUGCAGCCUGUGCGGCUUCAGUCCACCAGACUCAGCGGGUAAGGAAUGGUUGUGUCUGAACUGUCAGAUGCAGCGGGCAGUGGGGGGCAUGGAGCCUCCUGGACCUCCAAUGAUGAAACAGCCCCCCAAGCAGGGUUCUGCACCUCCCUCCCCACAAAGGAAGGAGCCACCGUCUGGGUCUCCCUCUAAGGGUGAGCCAGGGAAGAAGCCCCCAAUGCUGACCAAACAACAGAGUAUUGCUGAUACUGGGAAAGGAAGUACACCUCCAACUACACCAAAAUCUGGACCACAGCCUGGACAACUAGGGGCCAAGCGUGGACAGCCACCACCUCUUCAAAAACCUUCACAGAGCCCAAAAGGUAGUCCUCAGCCUUCUCCUGCAAAAACUACUCCAAAACAAGAUGGAGGGGGCUUUUUUGGAGGAUUUGGUCUGGGAGGAUUGACAGAGGUGACAAAACCCUCUGCAGGUGCCCAGGCUACAGAGUCAGUCGCAGGAAAACUCUUUGGUGGUUUUGGUGGGUCAACCAAACCUCAGGCCGGCUCUACUGCUCAGGCCAGCGAGUCGGUCACUGGAAAACUCUUCAGUGGGUUCAGUGGUCUCACAGAGUCAGCUAAACCUACACCAGCAAGUUCUCAGUCUGCCGAGAGCGUGUCUGGAAAGAUGUUUGGUUUUGGCUCUUCCAUCCUGAGCUCUGCCACCAAUCUAAUUUCUGGGGAGGAAUCAAAGUCUCCCCCAGAAUCUCCUCCAGGUUCGCCCCCUGAUUCCCUCAUUGGGUCUGAAGCAGACUCCCCUCCCGGAUCCCUCCCUGACUCAGGCUCAGAGUCACCUCCUGAAACACCACCUGCUUAUUCCAAAGACACAGCAUCUCCAAAACCUACAGCUGCUGAAGGAAAAGCAUCAGCAGACAUGCCCCCUCCAAAAUCAACAGAAGUAGAGGAGUCUUCGACUCCAGUGUCAGGCUCUGAGGCCCAGUCCUGCUGUCCACUCUGUAAAGUGAAGCUGAACAUGGGAUCAGGAGAGUCACCUAACUAUAGCAUCUGUACAGAGUGCCAGAAGUCUGUGUGCAACCUGUGUGGAUUCAACCCCACUCCACAUCUCUCAGAGAAAGAAUGGCUCUGCCUAAACUGCCAGACCCAAAGGGCUCUCUCUGGGCAACUUGGGGAUAUGCCACCUACACCUUCUCCAUCCAAGCUACCAGCCAAACACGAACCCACCCCUCCCUCCUCCCCAGCCCGUGCUGCAUCCUUCACCCAUUCCUCUCCUGCACCUACUGCCACUGCCACCCCCGCCAAAAUGCUAACACGGAUGCCCAGCAUAACUCAGGCCCCAGCUGACAAGUCUGAGCCAGUCUCAGCCAAAGUUGAUGCUAAAGAUGUCAAAAAAACAGAUGCAGAACAAGGGGUUACAGCAAAGACAGUACCGAAGAGUACACAGAAUAAAGAAGAGGCUUCUGUCCCAGUGAAAGAGAGUGAGCUACUGAGGAAGCCUGGUGAGAAAGAUAAAGAAAGCAGCCCUAUGAGUACUUCAGACUUGGCAGAAUUGGAAAGCACCGUCCUUCCAAUACUACAGGCUCAGACAACAUCUAAAGAGGAAUCAAAAACUGAAACUCCAAAGGUCAAGCGUCGACUGGAGGUGUUGCCAAUGUUUCCAGAACCCAGCUCAGAGGAUGAUCAACAUGGAGAAUCUCAAGAGCAAAAAAUUGAUGUACCAAAAAAAGAGCGGAAAAAACUUCUUGUUCCAACUGAUAUUCAAAGAGAUUCUUUUGAAGACAGUAGUGAGGGAGAACCUUCACCUAAACUGCAAAGGAAAAAGACUGUUGGAGAUAAGGAAGUAGAAAUGGAGAGUCCUAUGGAUGAGGAGGAUUUCAUCCGGAAGCAGAUCAUAGAGAUGAGUGCAGAUGAGGAUGCAUCACCAUCUGAUGAAGAAAACAUUGCCAGACGGAAAAUUAAAGAUCAAGAGAAGACACAAACAGAACCAAAUGCAAAGAAAGAUGAAAAGUACAAAUUGUGCAAAGGGCACAAAAAGAACAGUAUCAGUCCAGAAGAUGAGCCUGAAUGGAAGAGUAUUAUCUCUGUAACUAAAAUUGAAGAACUAGCUAAAGGAGAACAACCUUCAGUAGACAGUGGAGCUGGUAUGCGACAUUUUAAAACAAUUGAACUUAACAGUGCAGCGACUGUACGUCAGAUAUCAGAUGACGGUGAGCUGGAGAGCCUUACAGACUCUCCUGAUGACAGGUCAAGAGGUGAAGGCUCUUCCAGUUUACAUGCAUCCAGUUUUACCCCAGGAACAUCUCCAACAUCUUUGUCCUCUCUUGAUGAAGACAGUGACAGCAGCAGCCCAAGUCAUGUUCGGUCUAGUGGUGAGGGCAAGCAGCAGAGGAAAGCGAAGCACCGGUCAGGCCAGCUUCCUACCAUUGAGGAUUCAUCAGAGGAAGAUGAGAUGCGAGAAGAAGAAGAGCUUCUGAGAGAACAGGAGAAGCAGAAAGGCACAGGAAAAAAGUCAAAGAAAGACAAAGAAGAGAUACGGGCACAGAGAAGGAGAGAAAGGCCCAAAACUCCACCAAGCAACCUCUCACCAAUUGAGGAUGCAUCUCCCACAGAAGAGCUACGACAAGAAGCAGAGAUGGAGGAAUUCCGCAGGUCUUCUUGCUCGGACCUCUCCCCAAGCAUGGAGUCAGAACCAGAGAGCUUUGAGAUUCUCCCAGAGAAGAUUGUUGCUGUCCAAAAAGUGUAUCAGUUACCAACAUCAGUCUCACUGUACUCUCCAACAGAUGAGCAACACACUGAUAGUCAGUCCAAAGAAAAGAGAAAACAUGCAUUAAAAAGUGCGGAUGAGGCAUAUGAAGAGAUUAUGCUCAAGGUCAAAUCUCCAACUAAUGAUGGAAAGGAACAUCCACCUGGUAAAGAAUCUCUUUAUGGGGGCAUGCUGAUAGAAGAUUAUGCAUAUGAGUCUCUUGUUGAUGAUGUGUCCUAUAAGCAGGAACCAGAAAAACUUUUUGUGUCAGCGAAGCCCAAAAAGCCCCUGAGAUCACCCGAUGAGGUUUAUGAGGAUAUGAUGCAAAGAAAGAAAGACAUGAUGCUUAAGGAACAGGAGAUAAAACACAGUAAGCCAGUAGAAGAUCCUCCUAAAGCAGAAACUGUAUUGCCCGGAACUGACUCAAGCAAAGAACAAAGCAUUAUGUCGUCAAGCACCACAGGUCAGUCCAGAAAGGAUGGAAGGCCAUUAUUAGAUGCAGAAGCAGCAUAUGAGGAGCUUAUGAAGAAGCAAAGGGCAGUACUAACUCCAGGCACCAGUCCAACUCAAGUAGGCCCUGAUAUGAGUGGCAUGGCACAAGGUACAACAGUAACCCAAGUUGAAAAAACCGAGCCAGCACCCCUACGAAGAAUACUGCCUAUUCCUGAUCUCAGAGUGACACAGUGCUCCUCGGGUGAAGAGGAAUCUGGUGAAGAGAGCAUUUCUGAUCAAACACAGGACUCUGAGAAAGCUAUAGUUUCAGUUAUAAAGACUGAACCAGAACCACUUGUAGAUGAGGCUCUCCAGAAAACAUCAGCCUCAGAGCCAGUCGCAGAUGAUUUGUCACUACAAAGAGAAGUAAAAUUGCCUGCUUUAGCAAGUGAUUCACAGGAUGCCACAGAGAAAGAUGUAGGAAUUCAGCAGACAGUUGUUGUUGACUUGUCCAAGUCAUCAGCCUCUAGUCAAAUUGACUCUUUUACAGCACCAAUUCCUAGUGUAAUUUCAAGAUCCUCGACCCCAGUAGUUGUAAGUGCAUCACCUUUGCCCACAGUACCACAAUAUAUAGUACCCACUGUACCUAGUGUUGUAUCAACUGCUCCAAUAGUUCCUCCCAAACCAGAAGUUCUACGCAGAGCUGCAUCUCUGGAAAAAGCAGACAUUCCAGUUCCUCCACCCUUACCCCCUCCAACACUACCCAAACCCUCGGUGUAUCCCAAAAAGACACCACCACAGGUCCCCCCAAGAACUACUCCAGUUGGCAUGCCAACCACAGGGGACAGUGUACCAGUAAGGCAGCCUCUCACUCCAGGCUAUAAGCCCCAUGUUCCUCCACCUGUACCACCUAAGCCAUCCUCUAUCCCUGCAGGCCUAACCUUCAGUCACAAACCUGGGGAGACUGUUAAACCUCCCAUAGCUCCCAAACCCAUAGCUGGUGCUCAGCUACCCUUUACAGCCCACACACCUACAAGACCUACCAUACUGAGUACAAGCAGUGCAGAUAGUGUCCUUAAUUUGAGUCCUUCUUCCGAAAGUAAGACCACAUCUCCUCUCAAGUCCCCUACAUCACCCAGGUUUGGCAAGGUUUUACGUGACACAUAUGUUGUUAUUACUUUGCCAUCUCAGCCUGGUUCACCUACAGAAGGUAUCACAACCCAAGCCUCAAUAAAUCCUAGCCAAGAAUCACCUCAGAAACCACCUCCUUCACCACCUCAACCACUUCCACAGUCACAAACAACUAGAGUACCAUUGGCAUUCACACGAAUUACUGAAUCUAUUGAAAGUCAAGAAAUAUGUGGUACAGAGAAGGUAGUUUCUAGCAUGAAUCAUGUCUACGAGGCUAUUUCAGCCUCAACACAGCCUCAGUCAAUUAUUCCAAAUGUUGGUGUUCAGGUAGUUACCACUGAAGUCCAAAGAACCACGGUGUCUGUUGUGCAUGAAAGAACACCACCUCCACGUCCCAUUCCAAGAGCCACUGGCAUCUCUCAAGAAAACAUAAAACCUGAACCAGCUCAAUUGCAGAAUGGUCAUGCCUACCAUCCUGGUGAGGUGGUAGAUCUCCGUACCCCAAAGAUAGAUGCAGAGACAUCCAUGAAAGGUGUGGAUCUGUCUUCCUCUGAGUCAAGACGACAGUCUCUUGCUAUUGAUAGUGGUGGACGUCAGCAAAGUGCUGUGCAGUCAUCUGUAGUAAACCUAAGCACUGAUACUUCCUCAGUCUCUGUGGUUACUGACAACAUCACCAUCCUCACAUGUACAGCCACUGUAGCUUAUGGUAGUGAUGCAUCUCUGUCUACAUCAAUGCCUCUCCAAAUUACAACAGCUAAAUCCUUUGAGCCUGUGUCUCAAAUUAUUUACAGACCAGUGGAUUCUCAACCAGAGAAACCCAUAAAUCUCUCUACAACAAUGGGUAAAACUGUUCCUGUAACAAUGGCUCCUACAAUUGCAAGCAAUGGCAUUUGUGCAACUAUACCCCCUCGUCUAGAAACAGGCUUAUCCGGUGCAGUUGAUCUCACCACAGUAAAACCUGCACAAACUGUGGUUGCAAUGAAUGGGUCCACUGCAGAGGUGGUUACUGCUGUAAUUACAGAGGAUGAUGGAAAACCAGUAGAUCUUACUGCUGGAAGAAGAGCAGUCUGCUGUGAUGUAGUCUACAAGCUUCCUUUUGCAAGCAGCUGUACAACUCAGCAGCCCUCAGCUCCAUUACCAGAGGAUCGCUUUGGCUACAGAGAUGACCAUUAUCAAUACAAUCGUACUCCUUAUGGUAUGAGAGGUCUUGGUGGCAUCAAACCCUCAAUGUCGGACACAAACUUGGCAGAGGCUGGUCUCUUCUUAUAUAAAAGUAAGCAUAGUUAUGAUUACAAGGAGACCACUGAAGGUGCUGUAGACCUGACAUCUGGAAAAAUGUCGGUGGCAGGUGAAGCUGUAGACUAUUCGAACAAGUCUACAGGAGUGUGCACUGGAAUGACGGUUCCACAGUACACACAAGCCAGGAUUACUUCAGCAGUUGGAACCCACUAUGGUGUUUCUAGUGUCCUAAGAUCUUCCAAUGGUAUUGUUUAUUCUUCUGUAGCAGCUCCAGUCCCUUCUACAUAUGCCAUAACCACCCAGCCUGGCUCUAUCUUCAUCACAUCCUACAAUCCUCUGUCAGGCAUGCACACAAGUGAUACUAUGCCGUCACUGUCAACUCUACAGAAUCAGCCUCUCACUAGGUCCCACAGCUUUCUUUCAACAAUUGCUGUAACCACAGCAGAAGAACAAAGUGACUUACCGUUAAAUCUGGAGACUGUUGUUUCAAAGGCUGACCUUUCGACAACUCUCUCAGAUGUAGUCACCACAGUGGCAGCACUAGACACCUACACAAAUGCUUCACUGGAGGCAAUUGCAGCCUCGUUAGAAGCUCUGUCUUCACCCUUGGUUCCAGGAGAUGGACAGUACCAGAUGGAGCGUGAGCUUCUUGAGAUAGAGAAGAUGAAGCAGCAACGCUUGGCUGAAGAACUUGAGUGGGAGAGACAGGAGAUACAGCGGUUCCGUGAGCAAGAACAGCUUCUUGUCCAGAAGGAGCUGGAAGAACUCCAAGCCAUGAAACAGCAAAUACUAUGUCAGCAAGAAGAGGAGAGACAGGCCCACCUUAUGAUGCAAAAGGAAACUUAUGCUCAGCAACAGGAGCAGUUAGAGCAGAUCCAGAGACUCCAAGAACAGCUCAGACAGCAGUUGGAAGAACAGAAGUUCAGGCAGAUGUAUACAGGUGAAAUCCUGCCAGAGGCUCUUGUUGUGGCAGGAGAAAGAAAAAUGGAUAGUGGCUGCCAGACUGAUGAGGAGGAUAACACUGAAAAGGCCUACACUGCAGGAAGGAAAAAGAAAAGUACAAAAAAAAGUGUCGAUAGCUGUGUACAGACAGAUGAUGAAGACCAAGAUGAAUGGGAAGUUCCUGCUCGAGGCAGGCGCAGUAGACCACGUGGUGGUAAAAAUGGCAUGGGGGAAAGAGGAGCUGUUUCAGUUCAGGCCCUUACUGAAAUCUCUGUACAAACAGACUCCUCAGGAACACUUAAGGGGCACUCUGUGCAGGUAGAUACUAGAUUAGAUUAUCCUGACUCUGAUAGAACUUCCUCUCCAAAGAGGCGUCCCAUUCCACUUGAUAUAGGUCAGUCUCCUCACCUCAAAGCAGAUGCCUCUACUCUUCAAGUUGUCCCAGGUCCUCCCAAAUCCCCAAAAGUACUGUACUCCCCAAUUUCCCCUUGUGUAUCCCCUAGCAAAUCCCUUGAGUAUUUGUCCUAUGAGAAAUCCCUUGGAGACACAAGCCCACAGAGAAUACGCUCUGCCACAGAUCUAUCCAAAGGUCCACCAACUAGUCCUAGGGCUCCCAAGGUCAUACAAAGGUCAAUGUCUGACCCCAAACCCAUGAGCCCAACUGCUGAAGAAAGGGCAGCAGCAAAUUGCCAGUAUUCUGAGGGUUACUCUGGAAAGGGAUCUCCAAGUGGAACUCCAUCUGGCACCCAAAAGAAGGUUAAGAGGACCCUUCCUAACCCACCUUCAGAAGAAGAAGCUGUUAAUGCUGGUCAAACAGCCUACAGCACUGGCUCAGCUCGUCGCCGUCUCUGCCGAAGCACCAACAUGGCACGAGCAAAAAUCCUGCAGGACAUUGACCGUGAACUAGACCUGGUUGAGAGAGAGUCCUCCAAACUGCGUAAAAAGCAAGCUGAGCUGGAUGAGGAAGAAAAGGAGAUUGAUGCCAAGCUGCGAUACCUGGAGAUGGGCAUUAACCGAAGAAAGGAGGCAUUGCUUAAAGAAAGGGAGAAGAGGGAAAGGGCCUAUCUGCAGAGUGUUGCCGAGGACCGUGACUACAUGUCUGACAGUGAGGUGAGUAACAUUCGUGAAACAAGAGUUGGAGAGGAGGUCAGUGGACAUGGGCUUGAGAGACCACGUACUGCACCACAGUCAGAACUUGAUGAAUUUGUUCCUCCACAGACCAAGCACGACCAGUAUGGAAAAUAUUACCAGUACCCACAGUAUCAGCAAUCCCUGUACCAGCCUCAGUCACCAUACCAAUCCCAGUCCAUGUACUCUUCUGUUCCUUCUCUGACUGCCUCACAACAACAGAGCUACCACCAAAUGCUUUUGCUCCAACAGAAAGCCAGACAACAAGCUGCUCUCCUCUCUGAAUUAGAUUCUACCAAAAUUUCCACCAACUAUGACACGUCAUCUUACUUGGGAGGAAAAUAUGGUAACCACCUUGACUUGCAUAGCCUAGAAGAGCGUGCUGGCAGCUUGGCAGUCAGUCCUAUGUCAAAUGUAUCUGCUGACUCCUUCUAUGCAGACUUAGAGCAACAUCAAACACCAAGGAGCUAUAUGCUUUUAGAAGAUGCAGCAGAACUUGCAAAAAGCACUGGUAGCCUUUCAUCUGCCAGCUAUGGCAUUGCUGAGAGGGAGCUAGCCAAAGCAGAGCGCCUUCUGAGACACACUGCUGCAGAUGUUGGUACAGACUACCUGGGAAGCUCCUCCAGACUUCACUCUUAUGGUAAGGCUCAAGAUGACGAGGACCCAAUGGAAGAGCCAUUUGAACUAAAGCUUUUAAAACAACAACUAAAACAGGAGUUCCGGAGAAGCACAGGGGGUACUGAAAGCUUAGAGCAGCUUGCUGGACUCUCACAUCACUAUACCCCCAGCACUGGAGUGUCUGGUGGAAGCUACAGGGCAUUCCCCAAAACUGAAAAGUACAGCAUCAGUAGACUGACCUUAGAGAAACAGGCUGCCAAGCAACUACCUACAUCUGUGCUCUACCAGAAACACAAAACCACCAGCAACAUAGGCAAGUACUCCUCCAUCCAGGAUAGCAGGGCUCUAGAAACAGACUAUAGUAGCUACUUGGGGUCCAGUAGUGCUUCUUCCAGAUCAAGCAGACUUCUGCAGGAUGAAAUCACCUUUGGGCUACGCAAGAACAUUGCUGAACAGCAGAAAUACUUGGGCUCCACUCUUGGGGCCAAUUUGGCAGGUUCACUCAAUCUGGGCCAAAGCCUAAAUCUGAGCCCAGGCAUGAGGUCCUCUUUGGGAGAAGACUCUGCUUACCCCAGUGGAAGUAGGUCACGGCCUUCCUCUAGACCCUCCUCUGUGUAUGGCCUUGACCUGUCCCUUAAAAGGGAUACCUCAAGUUCAUCUCUGAGGCUCAAAGCAGAAGGUGACGCCUCCUCAGACACCUCAGCUUUCCAGGCUCCAUCAGGCAGGUCAAAACCUACAAGCCUGGCCAUUGUACAAAGUGGGCGUGGACGUAUUCCUAUUGUGGCACAGAACUCAGAGGAAGAGAGCCCACUGAGUCCAGUGGGUCAGCCAAUGGGUAUGGCACGGGCAUCAGCGGGUCCGCUCCCGCCCAUAUCUGCAGACUCCCGUGAUCAGUUUGGGUCAUGUUUGUCUCUCCAAGACCCACAACAGCAACAUCUCAGAGAAGAUCCUUCAAGAGGACGUGGCUAUGUGCUAAUGGAUGAUCUGCAGGGCACCAUGUCUGAUAGUGAAGCACUAAGUGAAUCCCUGGUGGGUUUGAGCAGAGACGAUCCAGGAAACUCACAUGAGAAUGUCACAAACGCUGAAAGACCCAUGCCAAUACAAGAUACGUACCACCUGCGACGUGAGGAAACUGACUGGUUUGAUAAACCACGAGAUGGGCGCACAGAGAACGGACAAGGGGAUAGAAGACAGGGAAAGUCAGCACACUACCCAUUUCCUCAUGCCAGAAUAAAACUACAGAGGGAUCCCAAAGAUCGUAGUGUAUCAGGAAACGGACUGGGCAUCCGUGUGGUUGGAGGAAAAGAGGUCCCGUGCAGCAAUGGCGACAUCGGUGCGUAUGUUGCCAAAGUAUUACCUGGAGGAGCUGCAGAACAGAUGGGAAAGAUUGUGGAAGGAAUGCAAGUUCUGGAAUGGAACAGCAUUUCUCUGACUGGUAAGACGUAUGAGGAGGUGCAGGGUCUAGUUGGUCACCAGGUCGGAGAGGCGGAGAUAUGUGUCAGACUUGACAUAAAUAUGCUGUCUGAUUCUGAAAGCUCCCACCUAGACAUUCAAGACCAGACCAAAGGAGAUAGACCUCCGCGGUCACCAGGUGUGGACCCUAAGCAGCUGGCUGCCGAGCUGCAGAAAGUGUCCCAGCAGCAGGUGCCGUCCUCCUCUGCAUCAGCACUGGAUAAAGCCUCAGUGUCCGCUGGCUCCAGUGCAGUUCCCAGCCCUGGCCAGCCUGGUUCACCCUCUGUCAGCAAGAAACGUCACAGCAAGACCUCUGAGGCUGCAAAAACUCAGUCCCAUCCAGUGUCAGGAGAGAUCCAGCUUCAAAUAAAUUACGACAAACAGCUGGGAAAUCUUAUUGUCCAUGUUCUUCAAGCACGAAAUCUGGCACCCCGGGACAAUAACGGCUACUCGGAUCCAUUCGUUAAAGUUUACUUACUGCCGGGUAGAGGUCAGGUCAUGGUUGUGCAGAAUGCCAGUGCUGAAAACAAAAGAAGGUCUAAACAUGUUCAGAAGAGCCUGAACCCAGAGUGGAACCAGACGGUCAUCUACAAAAAUAUCCAUCUGGAACAGCUACGAAAGAAGACACUGGAGGUCAGCGUGUGGGACUACGACAAGAGCUCUGCCAAUGACUUCUUGGGAGAGGUACUAAUUGACCUGUCCAACACGGCCCAACUGGACAAUGUUCCACGCUGGCUGCCUCUGAAGGAGCAGAGCGAGGGCGAGCAUCACCGGCGUUCUCACUCGGGACAGGGCCGUCAGCACUCACCCAAACCCCACGGGGGACACGGGAGCCAGCAUUCCCCAAAGACCUCCGGUCACAGCAAGGAAGACUCGCCCAAAUCCUCGGUCAUCAAGAGCCGUAGUCACGGAAUCUUCCCUGACCCUGCCAAGGACACGCAGGUCCCUACUAUUGAGAAAUCUCACAGUAGCCCCAGCACAUCGAAGCCAUCCCUCUCCGAGGGCCAAGCUCGCCCCCGUGCUCAUGGCAAAAGUGGCACGGCCCGGGCACACCUUGACGAUGCAUCGGCACCGGCCGAAGCUGCCGGCCAGCAGCCCCGUCUCCAACCAACCCAAAAUGGCCGCCCCGACCCGAGGCACCACAGGCACAGCGUAGUUGGUGUGCUCACCAUUCAGAGAGCCCCUUCUGAGUCAUCGGCCAAUGAGAUCCCUGACGGCCGUCACCUGACCCUCAGGAAAGCCAUGUCUGAAGAGAGGCCGCAGCCGGACGGAGCGUCCCGCAGCCAUAGAUCUGGUGAUGCUCCUGUUACUGCAGCCUCAUUGGACAGCGGUCUGAGUGGCAGUGCCUUUAGCCUGUUGGAUGAAGAGGAUGGGACCAAUGCGGUGGAUAGUGCUAUCUUCCAGGUUCCCAGAUUUGGAAAGAUUCCAAACGGCACAGAAGCUGUAAAAUCCGCUCAUGGAGAUACAGAGGGUAAGACUCAGGUGAUGGGGGAGAUAAAGAUCGCCCUGAAGAAGGAGAUGAAGACAGAGGGAGAACACCUGGUGCUUGAGAUCCUACAGUGCAGAAAAAUAACAAAAAAAUAAAAUUCUCCA